AUGCCAAACAGGACAACAGUAUGUACGUUCUUCUUGGUUGGAUUUUCAGAUUGUCCUCAAUGUCAGAUGACUAUCUUUACUAUAUUUCUCCUAAUUUAUAUUGUUACAGUUUUGGAAAACCUGGCAAUUAUUGCACUGGUGUCACAAGACAUCAAACUCCAGAAACCCAUGUACAUUUUCCUUGCAAACCUUUCCUUCUUAGAAAUUUGGUAUAUCAGUGUAACAUUACCCAACCUGUUGACUAACAUUAUCAGUGGAAGUCAGGAGAUCUCCUACAAGGGCUGCAUCACACAGCUGUUCAUAUUCACCUUCCUAGGUGCUACUGAGUGCUACCUUCUAGCUACCAUGGCUUAUGACCGCUAUGUUGCGAUUUGUAAUCCGCUACGAUAUACUAUGAUAAUGCAAGACAAGUAUGUAUUGUGCCUCCUGGUUUGUUCCUGGCUAAGUGGUCUCUUUACACCAGUGCUUCCCAUAUGGUUCCUGAUUCAGCUGGACUUUUGUGGCCCUAAUGUGGUUGACCAUUACUUUUGUGAUGCAUCUCCACUGUUGAGAUUAGCUUGUGGGGACAUUAGGCUUAAAGAAUUUGUUGAUUUUAUUGUGUCCUUGUUUGUCCUUCUAAGCUCACUGUUUGUCAUAAUUGGUUCAUAUUUUUACAUAACAUGGACAAUUCUGAAGAUACCUUCUUCCCACGAGCGUCGUAAGGCAUUCUCCACAUGUACUACUCACUUGGCUGUAGUUUGUGUCUACUAUGGCAGCAUGGGCUUUACUUAUAUUCGAGUCACAACAAGUUCUCCAAUUUUAACAAACAAGCUUGUAUCUGUGUUAUAUUCUGCCAUAACGCCAAUGCUAAACCCAGUCAUUUACACACUUAGAAAUAAGGAUGUAAGGAAAGCAUUAACAAACCAAAAAUGUUUUAAAUGA